UAAUAGCUGUUACUGAGAAACUACAUGCUGCUAGAUCAGCCAAGCUGUCAUCUGUCCUCAUCCUACUCGACCUGUCAGCAGCGUUUAACACAAGACUUCAGACUUGGAAUUCAUCGAGCAGCAUGGCAAUGAUCUGAGUCUGGACCUGGUUUUGUACUGAACACACAAGUUCAUUAGAUCACUUGGUGUGAACAGGAACGAUGAUCAGACUCUUUGUCGCUCUUUGUGCUCUUUUUUCUCUCUUCACAGCUGUGAAAACUUCUGACAUCAAGGAGAUUGACGUGAUAACAGUAAAGCGUGGAGAAGAUGUAACUAUGAAGUGUAACAUUAGCAGUGACACAAAGAAAGAGAAUGUAGGUUGGUACAGACAGAUUUCAGGAAAAUUACCUCAGUAUUUUGCAAAAUCAUACAAGUACACGGACAAAUUGGGCUACAAAUUUAUUGAAGGAUUUAAUGAUGCUCGUUUCAGUAUUAGUGUAAAUGACAGUAAAUUUGAUCUCAGUAUGAAACAAACAAGAGAAGAUGAUGAAGGAGAAUAUUUCUGUGGAGAAAUGGAAGGAAGUAAAGUGGAUUUCACAUCUGGAACACGUCUGCAAUUUGAAGAUAAAGAGACGACACACAGUAAUACAACUAAAACUACACAACGCAGCAAUAAAACAGGUGAACACAACUGGAUUAAUCCCUUAUUAGCCUCCAAUAUAUUCUCUGUUAUCGUAAUCACACUUCUGCUUGGAGUUUUAUAUAAAAAUCACAGAAAAGAUGCUUCAUCAAGCAACCAUCAAAUUCCCACCAAUCAGACUGCUGCUGCUGCUGAUGAUGUCUUGAACUAUGCAGCUGUGAGUUUUGCUAAAAAACCUUCAUCCUCCAGAACAUCCAGAGCCAAAAGCCAUGAAGACGUUUACGCUCAAGUUAAAAUAAAAUAGAGAAGUUACAUUUCU